AUGGCCCCAACACAAAAGGGAAAAAUCAUAAACAAAAAAAAAAAAACUGUGUCAGAAUUUUGGACCACAGAUGGAGAUUCCAGCACUUCAGAUGAUACGAGUGAACAGGAUUGCAGUGACCGGCAGUCAAAAAACGAGAGAAAGAAAUUUCACCAGAAAGGUGAACGAGAAAAACAAGGAGAGGACAAGGAAAGAGACACAGUAGAAGAAAAAGAAAAGAUGAAGAAGAAAAAACACAAACGUAUCCCUGUAGACUCAUCAGACGAUAGCAGAGAUAUCUCCAGGGGGUUCUUCUACCUGGUCCCUUGUCUUCAUCUUGUAGAUAAAUAUCGGCAGAUCUACAUACAGGAGAACAACAGGACGGAGGUCACAGAAUUCCUUCUCUUAGGAUUUCAGGUCAGUCGAGGUUUAAGACUUUUCCUGUUCUGUCUGUUCCUUGUGGUUUAUUAUCUGAUAAUAUGUGGGAAUCUCCUGAUCAUCACUCUGGUGUCCACCAGCAAGAAUCUCCACACCCCAAUGUACUUCUUCAUCUCACAACUAUCCCUCAGUGACAUCUUAUUAUCCACAGAUAUUGUCCCCAAUCUCCUCCACAUCCUACUGAAUAAUGGGGGGACCAUGACUUUUAUUGGUUGUAUCACUCAGCUUUAUUUCUUCUGCACCUCAGAAGUAUUUGAAUGUUUUCUUCUCACUGUGAUGUCUUAUGACAGAUAUGUGGCCAUCUGUAAUCCUCUCCGUUACUCCUCUAUCAUGACAAGUGGACAUUGUGUUGUACUGACCGUCAUAUGUUGGUUGUCUGGAUGUUCUGUUACUUUGAUUUACACAAUAACAACAGCAAAGCUAAACUUCUGUGGUCCCAAUAUCAUUGACCAUAUAUUUUGUGACUUUAUUCCCUUACUAGGACUUUCCUGUUCUAACACUUUCAUUGUCCACUUGGAGAUGUAUGUAAUGAGCACCCCAGUUGCCUUCAUCCCAACCACCAUCAUUGUAUUGUCUUAUAUUUAUAUUGUUUUAGCAAUCCUAAGGAUCCCAUCCAAUACUGGUAGACAGAAAGCCUUCUCCACCUGUAGCUCCCACCUCAUUGUGGUCUCCAUAUUCUAUGGGACUAUAUUCAGUGUUUAUAUUGUCCCAACAAAUGGACAAACAUUGACCAUGAGUAAAAUCCUCUCCCUGCUAUAUACUGUGUUUACUCCAUUGGUCAACCCCAUUAUAUACAGUCUGAGAAAUGAUGACAUUAAUAAAGCCGUACAGAAAACACUUCAUAAGCGGGUGAUCUGGUAA